GUCACGUGACAGCAUCUGCUGCUGGUGGUGGUGCUGGCGGAGCGAAGCGUGUUAGCAGAUUUUUUCUAUUUUGUACAUACAUUGUUUUGUAUAUACUGUAUAUGAUGACUUCAGUGGUCAGCAAUCAAACCCGGGGGACACGGGACAAGACGCUGCCCAUCAACACACAAACAACACAGCCACAGAAACAGAUACAGGCCACAGCAGAACAGAUUCGUUUAGCCCAAAUGAUCUUCGACAAAAAUGAUGCCGACUUUGAAGACAAGGUCAAACAGUUGAUUGAGGUUACUGGGAAAACUCAAGAUGAGUGCAUGGUUGCCCUCCAUGACUGCAAUGAAGAUGUAAACAGAGCCAUCAAUUUUCUGCUUGAGAGCACAUGCGACACAAAUUCUUGGGAGACUGUGGGAAAGAAGCGUGGCCUUGGAAAAGAAGGAGGACCCUCAGAGAUAAAAGAGAACAAGGAUAAGAAAGGAGAGCGGGACACCAGUCGUGGACGUGGGGGUGCCAACAGGAAGGGCAGAGGCAUCAGUCGAGGCCGUGAAGGUCGAUCAGAGGAGAACGGUUUUGAGGUGACUCCAGGAGAACGGGGUGGAGACCGUGGACGGAGGGGGCGGGGGAGAGGGGUAGGUGGUCGUGGCAGAGGAAGAGCAGCUGCUGGUAACAGGUUCUCUUCUCAGGGAAUGGGCACCUUCAAUCCUGCUGAUUACACUGCUAACUCUGGAGCUCGCCAGGAAAAUUGGGAAGGAGACGGUGAAGGAACUGGAACAUGGGGAGGCAAUCUGGAAGAUUGGACCGCAGAGGAUUGGAGUGAGGAUUUGUCUGAGACCAAAGUAUUCACUGCCUCUUCUGGUCCAGCAAAUCACAUUGCACCUGGACAAAAUGUUGACAUGGCCGGCCUAGUGCCUAAAUCUGGAGUUGCUGUUGGAGGUUCAAUGGACUCUGACUUGGGAGCCAUAGUUGAUUGCCCCUCAACAGAGAAUUUGGGCCAAAGCCUUGUGUUCACCAAUUCCCACCACAAUGGACGGACUGCAACACAUAGCUAUGCACAUGCCACAGCCAACAGCUAUGCCCAUGCCGCCUCUGCUAGCACCACCUAUGCACAUGCUGCCCUGUCCUCAGUCAUAGGUUCUGGUUUUGGGUCCCUUAAUGCAACUAAGCAGGCACCAGCUCCUGAAAUUCGGACAUCGGAGGAAUUGAAUGGCCCUCGGCUUGUUCAGAGAACCAGCCAGAUGUUGGCAAGCACUAGCAGCAACAGCAAUUCCCAGGAUGCAGGGCCACCUCCAACACAAAGUCCUGCUCCUGCGCCCUCGCCCUCUGCAGAUACCAAGGCUCAGAGGGUUGAGAACGGCCCUGUUACGUCCCAACACUUGGAAAUGAAACUUCAGCCAGAGCCAUCAGCAGUGCUCAGCCAGCUGGCUCAGAGGCAGCAGCAGUCCUCCAUUCUUCCCACCGCAGACUCUCUGGGCAUGUCUCACUCACAUGCACCACAGGUCCCCACACCACCAGGUCAUGAGUCUUCUGUCCCUCAUGUAAGAGACGGAGCUUCACCAGGAAGUAAACUGUCUGGCCUGGAGCCUCCGAUCAGUGAGCCACCUCAGCGGCAAUUGAAGACACAGAAACGGAGAGUGCCUCUGACUUCAAAAAUUCCAUCGUCUGCUGUGGAGAUGCCAGGCUCAGCAGACAUAUCUGGUCUGAAUGUUCAGUUCGGAGCGCUGGACUUCGGGUCUGAAGCGGGUGGAACAGCAGAGAUGUCACAGACUGAGUCAGCCAGGGAACACCCGCCUUCUCUCCCCUCGUCCGCUGUUUCUAUUCCUGCUGCUGUUCCCACACAGCAGCCGCAGAGCAUGUUCUCCAAGUCGGGAGCUGUGAGUGAACACAUGAGCAGCCUACCGUCUGCAGUAUCGGAUCCCAACUUCCCUUCACCAUCUUUAGGCUUACCCAGUGCGACUCCCUCCCCUUCGCUUGGUCUUCCCAGUGCAGGAGUUCCACCUUCUUCUGCUGUCCCUUCUUCUGCUGGCCGUGUGGACAACUCUGACCCAAGGUCCCUGCCACCACAUCUUGGGUUCCCUAAGAGCAAAGAUCUCCCAUCAGCUGCUAGUGCACCUCUUACAGUGAAUGGCUACAGUGGCAUGAAAACCCAGAGCACACAGGAAACCACACAGUCAUCUAGAACAGUGAAAACGGAGUCUCCUGUUAUGACAAGCGAAAGUGUCUCAUCCCACCACAUCCCUUCCCCUGCAGUUACACCUUCCCACUCAACACCCAUCCCCUCACUCACCAGUCACAUGAGCAGUAAUCACUCAUCUGGAUCGGCACUUGCCACAAGUUCUGCCCUCACUAUAACUGAGGAGAGCAGCAGCAACCUUCAUGCCUUUUCGUCGUCAUCAUCCGGCCAAGUGGUCAAUCCCAGUGCACCAGCUCUCUCAGUUGUCAGUAACUCAUCUUCCAACGGUCUGCACCAAUCUGGAGCACCAGGCCUAACUCCAAACGGCACUAACUCCAUACUCUCAGCUGCUGGAAGCCGCGCAGCACCACUACUCACCACUUCUGGUAAAGCUCCUCCCAACUUGGCUCAAGGAGUACCACCUCUUCUUGCCAACCAAUACAUUAUGGGCCCUGGUGGCUUGCUUCCUGCUUACCCACAAAUCUACGGGUAUGAAGACUUGCAGAUGCUGCAGUCUCGCCUUCCUUUGGAUUACUAUGGUGUAACAUUCCCUGGCGCAACAGCUCCUAUGCCUGGAAGAGACGGCCUGGCAAAUAAUCCAUACUCUGGUGAAGCAACUAAAUUUGGCAGGAAUGACUCUUCAUCCCCAGCUCCCCCAACCAGCUUGUCCACAGCCGGGGUGCAAUCGCAGCCUCAGCAGACACAGCAAGCCGGAACACAGGGACAAGGCCAGAAUCAGAACCAGGGUCAGCAGACACAGAACCAGGCCUUCCUUAACCCUCCCCUACCGCCUGGCUAUGGAUACACAGGUUUGCCAUACUAUGCUGGGAUGCCUGGCGUUCCCUCAGCCUUCCAGUAUGGUCCCACAGUCUUUGUUCCACCAGCUUCGGCCAAGCAGCCUGGAAUGGGCCUAGCUAACCCCUCCAAUCAGUACCACCAACAGCAUCAGCCCGGUUAUGGACAGCAUGCAUAUGGCGCAGCCUUUGAUGACCUGUCUCAAGCGCACGGUGGGGAGUACAAUAAAGCAGGGUAUGGAGGCUCUGCCCAGUCACAGCCCAAGUCAGCAGGCAGCGGCCCUGGGAAAGCACCAGGAUUGUCAGGAUCUGGUAACAGUAGUGGAGUACCAGACAUGGGAGGCUCCAUCUACAGCAAAACGCAGGCAUUUGACAAGCAGGGCUUCCACACGGGGACACCACCUCCGUUCAGCCUUCCUUCUGCACUGGGAGGAACGGGGCCCCUGAACCCAGGAGGUGCACCUGGCUAUGCUCCUGCUCCUUUCCUACACAUCCUGCCUCCACACCAACAACCCCACUCCCAGUUGCUGCACCAUCACCUCACACAGGAUGGACAGGGUGGUCCUGGUCAGCGGAGUCAGUCCAGUGGUAUGCAACAGAAAACCCAAGGCAGCAAGUCCAGUUACGGCAGCUCCCCAUACUGGGCAAAUUGAGGAACGCUUCUUACGCCCUCCCCCACAAAAUAAGGCUGUGUGUGUGUGCGUGUGUGUGUGUGCGUGGGUGUGUGUGUGUGUGCGCGUGUGUGCGUGUGUGUGUCUGUGUGUAAAGCUAAAUAAAAAUAAGAAUAAAAAUGACAGACACACUAUCCUCAAAAUGAGCACCCUUGCUCUCCCCACCUCCCCACAAAGUCCUCAUGAGUCUCUUGGGUUCGCUCUUUCACCGCCCUACCCCCUUUUUCAAAAUUGGUUGUACAUGUAAGAUAUUUAUGUAUGUAUUUAUAUAUAUAAAUAUAUAUACUGUAUAUGUAAUAGUAGAACAUAAAAUGUGGUUGCUGCAUUUUAUUUUUGAAGGAGUUUUUGUUUACUUUUUUUCAAAACUGCAGGAAAAGAUGCUACAUUAAUACAGAAUGAGAUGAUGAUGAGUGAGUGAUGAGGACAAAUGAUCAAAUCUUCCUCAAAGAAACCAGAAAAAAGGAAAAGGAGAGAGCAGUAGCACUGAUUGCAUAUGAGGACAAUUAAGAUGGGGGUGGGUUUAUAAUGACUAACUGCAUCUGUCUCCUUGUUUUUUCUUUUUUAUACAUCCUGAAUGGCCAAGCUCAUACCCCCUUAAACUUACUUUUGUAGCUUCUCAUCUUUCCCUUCCUGCCUCUUUCUCUCCUUCCCUUCUUCUGGAAGCUGCCUACUCUCUCUGUUGCCACCUUCCCUUUUUAAACAGACCUGUCCAUCUAAAUUUUAUAUUUUAAUUUAAUUUUAACCUUCAUUUCUCUUGAAAUAAACUUCUGAGCAGUUGGAA